CCGGCAUUAAAAACAACACACAGCUAAGGGUAGGCAAGAGGACCGGAGCCGGAGUUUGAAAUGGACGAACCCUCGGAACAAAUGAAACCUCUUUUAAGGACUGGUCUAGAUGAGGAGGCACUAGUUGACCAUGGGAAGAGCAGCUUCACCACACACACAAACUACGAAACAGAGGAUUUGGAAAGCCACAGAGCUGUGUACGUAGGCGUCCAUGUUCCUCUUGGAAGGGAGAGCAAGCGGAGGCAUCGCCACCGAGGACACAGACACCACCGAAAGAAGAAAGAGAGAGAUUUCGAUGAGGGGAAGGAAGAUGGCAGGGAAUCCCCUCCUUACGACACACCAUCCCAACGGGUCCAGUUCAUCUUGGGCACAGAGGACGAUGACCUGGAGCACGUUCCCCACGACCUCUUCACUGAGCUGGACGAGCUCUCCUUCAGAGAUGGCAGUGCCACUGAGUGGAAGGAGACUGCCAGAUGGCUCAAGUUCGAGGAGGAUGUGGAAGAUGGUGGGGAGAGGUGGAGUAAGCCCUACGUGGCGACGCUGUCUCUCCACAGUUUAUUUGAACUACGUAGCUGCAUACUCAACGGCACAGUCAUGCUGGAUAUGAGGGCCAACAGUAUAGAGGAAAUCGCUGACAUGUUGAUAGACAGCAUGGUGGCGUCCGGCCAGCUGAAGGAGGACCUGCGCGAGAAGGUGCGGGAAGCCAUGCUGAAGAAACACCACCACCAGAACGAGAGAAAGCUCAGCAAUCGCAUCCCUCUGGUGCGCUCCAUCGCUGACAUAGGCAAGAAACACUCUGACCCACUCUUGCUUGAGAGAAAUGGAGAGGGGUUGUCCUCUUCACAUCUCUCUCUCCACAAGCCAGGGGGAGCCUCAUCUGUCUCCAACUUGUCACAGAGACGAGAGUCCCGAGUCUCCGUCCUGCUCAACCAUCUCCUGCCCUCCUCUUCCUCCAACACUGGGUCCUCCCCAGGCCCCUCGCUCCUCUCCACCCCUCAAAAUACCCCCGCAUCCUUCAGGCGCUCCUCUCCGAGCCCCCCACGCAACCAUGGGGCAGGCUACGGCCCUGUAGGCAUCCCAGAGGUGGUGGUAUCGCCCCCCGAGGAUGACGACCCACCAGUCUCUGCAGAGGAAGAGGCAGCGUUGCAGCAGUUCAGCCGGCGAGCAUCCUCGGCAUCCCAGGGCGUCGAGCUGCUGCCCUUAGAAGGACCGCUGGUGUCUCCGCACUCUUUACCAAACAACCUGGACGGUAACAAGGCGAUGGAGAGAAGGCCUUCCAAAGUAGGGGUCAGUAGAGAAAGCAGCAGUGUCGACUUCAGCAAGGUGGACAUGAAUUUCAUGAAGAAGAUCCCUCCGGGCGCCGAGGCUUCUAAUGUGCUGGUUGGGGAAGUGGACUUCCUGGAGAAGCCCAUAAUUGCCUUUGUACGACUGUCCCCUGCAGUCCUUAUAACAGGCCUCACUGAGGUGCCGGUGCCCACGAGGUUUCUGUUCCUGCUUUUGGGUCCUCAUGGGAAGGGGCCUCAGUACCAUGAGAUUGGCAGAUCCAUGGCCACUCUGAUGACGGAUGAGAUUUUCCAUGAUGUGGCGUACAAGGCCAAAGACAGAACGGAUCUCCUCUCUGGGAUAGACGAAUUCCUCGAUCAGGUGACUGUCCUGCCUCCUGGAGAAUGGGAUCCCACGAUCCGUAUUGAGCCCCCUAAGAACGUCCCAUCUCAGAUGAAGAGGAAGAGGCCGUCCCAUCCCAAUGGCAACGCAUCUCCAGCUGGAGAGCUGGAAAAGGAUGACGACCAUCACGGAGGACCUGAGCUGCAGAGGACCGGGAGGAUAUUUGGAGGUCUGGUCCUGGACAUCAAGAGGAAGGCUCCGUUUUAUUGGAGCGACAUCAAAGACUCCUUCAGCCUGCAGUGUCUAGCCUCCAUCCUCUUUCUCUAUUGUGCCUGCAUGUCCCCCGUCAUCACUUUCGGAGGUCUUCUUGGGGAGGCGACCAAAGGCAACAUAAGUGCCAUAGAGUCUCUAUUCGGGGCAUCAAUGACAGGAGUGGCGUACUCCCUCUUCGCAGGCCAGCCCCUCACUAUUCUUGGCAGCACAGGGCCCGUUUUAGUGUUUGAGAAGAUCCUCUUCAAGUUUUGCACGGACUACGGCUUGUCCUACCUGUCGCUGCGGACCAGCAUCGGUCUGUGGACGGCCUUCCUGUGUAUUAUCCUGGUGGCUACAGAUGCUAGCUCGCUGGUCUGCUACAUCACCCGGUUCACAGAGGAGGCCUUCGCUGCACUCAUCUGCAUCAUCUUCAUCUAUGAGGCUCUAGAGAAGAUCUUCCACCUGGGAGAACACUAUCCCGUCAACAUCCACAACAACUUGGAUAACCUGACGUUGUAUUCCUGUCAGUGCUCUCCACCAUUCAAUGCCACAGAUGAGCUGAAGGAGAAGUGGAACCGGACAGGAUACAGCCCAGACACAAUCCCGUGGAGCAACCUCAAUGUUUCGAUGUGUAAAAUGCUCAAGGGAGAGUUCGUGGGUUCGGCCUGCAGUGAUCAUGGUCCCUACAUCCCAGAUGUUCUCUUCUGGUCCAUCAUCCUCUUCUUCACCACCUUCUUCUUGUCGGCCUUCCUCAAGCAGUUCAAAACAGAGAGAUACUUCCCCACUAAGGUGCGGUCCACCAUCAGUGACUUUGCCGUGUUUAUAACCAUCAUGGUCAUGGUGUUGGUGGACUAUCUAAUGGGAAUCCCCUCUCCUAAACUCAAUGUCCCCGACCGCUUUGAGCCGACUUCAAAGAACCGAGGCUGGCUGAUAGACCCUUUAGGAGGAAAUCCCUGGUGGACGCUGCUGGUGGCAGCACUUCCUGCCCUGCUCUGCACCAUCCUAAUCUUCAUGGACCAACAGAUCACUGCCGUCAUCAUCAACCGCAAAGAGCACAAGCUCAAGAAAGGCUGUGGCUAUCACCUGGAUUUGCUAAUAGUAGCAAUAAUGCUGGGUGUCUGCUCCAUUAUGGGCCUGCCGUGGUUUGUAGCUGCAACCGUCCUCUCCAUCUCCCACGUCAACAGCCUGAAAGUGGAGUCCGGCUGCUCCGCUCCAGGAGAGCAGCCCAAGUUUCUGGGCAUCCGUGAGCAGCGGGUCACCGGAUUCAUGAUCUUCGUCCUCAUGGGUUGUUCAGUUUUCAUGACCUCAGCACUCAAGUUUAUUCCUAUGCCGGUGCUGUAUGGAGUCUUUCUCUACAUGGGAGUCUCAUCUCUAAAAGGCAUUCAAUUCUUUGACAGAAUCAAACUGUUUGGUAUGCCUGCCAAGCACCAGCCAGAUCUGAUUUAUCUGCGCUACGUGCCGCUGUGGAAGGUCCAUAUCUUCACCCUGGUGCAGCUCACCUGUCUGGUGGUGCUCUGGGUCAUCAAGGUCUCCGCUGCAGCGGUCGUGUUCCCCAUGAUGGUUCUGGCGCUGGUCUUUAUCCGAAAGCUUUUGGACUUUUUCUUCACGAAGAGAGAGUUGAGCUGGCUGGAUGACUUGAUACCAGAAAGCAAGAAGAAGAAAGAGGAUGACAAGAAAAAGAAAGCACGAGAAAAGAUGGAACAAGAGUCCAGGCUGCAGGAAGGAGGGAAGCUGGGAAUGAAGGUCAACUACGAAGAAUCAAACAGGCUCGCCAUCCCAGUGAAAACACUCUCAGGAAGUUCUGAUUCUGACCCCUUGGUUGUAAAUAUCUCUGAUGAAAUGGCCAAAAGCGCGGUGUGGAAAGCGGUGAACUCGAGUGCAGACUUGUGUGCCCAACCUGUGAAACGUAGCGGAAGCCAGGAGAAGGUGGCCUGUGUUAGAGUCGACGUCAGCCCAGAUUCACCGGGAGGAGUAUCCACAACGGAGACCUUCCUGUGAUUUAAAAGAGGAGGGGGCGCUUCUUUUCCCUCCUCACCUAACCGCUGUCCCACACAACACUUUACCCCCCGCUGACGGGCAAAAAGGGGGAUGGGGGCAUGAAACUGGAACAGCACAACCUGCCUGGAGCACUCUCCCACUUCUUCAGGGAAGCAGGCGGCGAGCUCAC